GAUUUGCAGGCAUGCAACAGAGACUUUCACGGACGCAACUUGCCCAUUUACACGAUGCUAUAGAUAUCUGCUGGAAAGUUUCAACUGGCGCCCAGUUGGGUGUAGAGGAUGUUAAGUGCAAGAGGUUUGCUCAAGGAAUUUCUUACUGCUGCUCUUGCAAUUAUAAAAACACCACUUUUUUUAUCUAAUAAACUAUAUUCCUGUGUCUUAAAGCCAAUUUUUGAUUCUUUGUACUUUAUUCCUGGCACUCAACUCGAACAACUCGAAGCCAGUCAGCGUUUUAAAAAGGAAUACGAAAAUUCUUACGGCCCUUUGCACUUAAAUAUCUUCAACGGAACGUUUAAUGGAGCCUGCUCUGCUGCACAAACGGAACUGAAGCCUUUACUUGUGUACCUUGAAUCUUCGGAACACGACGAUGCUGCUGUCUUUAACCAAAAAAUUUUGUGUGAUUCAGCGCUAAUCCAGUUAUUAAACGACAAGUUUAUAGUCUGGGCGGCUUCCUCAAGCACUUUUGAGGGUUCAAAAGUUUCCGACAAGCUACAUGUUGCUGGCUUCCCGUUCGUUGGUGUAUAUACCUUCGUCCAUAAUCGGCUUAAUUCUCUACUAAAACUGGAAAGAUUGUAUUCGCUUGACUUGACCUUAAAAAAAAUACGCGCUGCUGGUAAAGCGGCGGAGGCGAGUCUUUUUCAAAUUAAGAAAGAACGAGAAGCGCAGUUGGCCACGCAGAGACUCAAACAGGAGCAGGACCGAGCUUUCUUCGAGUCUCUCCGCAUUGAUCAACAAAAAGAGCAACAAAAGAAAAGGGAAGAAGAAAAAUCGAAAGUAAAGGAGGAGGAGCUCUUUAGAGAAAACAACCUGCUAGCCCAAGCACGCACAAGGAAUUUAAUAAAGUUACCGGAAGAACCGGAGCAACACACGCCAGGGGCCAUCGAACUUCGGAUUCACUUCCCAAACGGCUCCAGUAGCAGUCGAAGAUUUAAUGAAUCUGACAAAAUUUUGCACGUAUACCACUUUGCUGCUGGUGAACUCAUUGAAGAUGGAAAAUGCCUUAUUAAGAACUUUUCUUUAUGCUCCAGUUUUCCAAAGAAAACUUUUGAGGACAAAAGCCAAACCCUUAAGGAAGUUGGCUUUACGCCCAGGAUGUCCUUGUACCUUAUAAAUGAGGACGAUUAA